ACCAUCCUUAACAUGCCGAAGCCUAAAGUUUUAAUAGUUGGUUGCGGUGCUGUCGGCUUGUCCCAAGGUUACCACAUCUCGUCUAAUGCUGACUGUACCUACCUUGUCCGCCCCGGCCGCAAGCCCGCUUUCGACCCGCCAAAACAUCUUUACUCCUAUCAAGACGAUGAAUUAUAUGAAUUUUCAUCCUACCGCGUCAUCGAGUCAGUUUCAGAAGUCAAGAGCGAAAAGUUUGCAUUCAUCUUUGACACUUUGGACGGACAUACUGCACGGUCAGAGUCUGGGAUCGCGACAAUCCGUUCAGUCGGCGACCUUCUUAAGGAGCCUCAAAACGCAAAUUCCUUCGUCGUCUUCGAUGCAGUCGGUUUAGACAUUGAAGAACACUACGCGACCACUUUAGGAAUCGCUCGGAACCGUCUUUUGCUCGCCUCAAGCCUGCUUGCGCAUCAAUCUACACCUCAGAUUCCAAUCCCAGAGACAGCGAACAAAGCCUUGGUUUCGAAAGCAAACGUCCUUUAUUCGACUCCAUCACCGGGCGCGGUUUUGGUUGUAUUUAAUACGCAGCCUUCUCUGACGAAGAAACUUGAAGCAUUCUACGACGUCAACGGCAAACAGGGAAUUCGGCGAGCUCCAGGAUUUCUAGCACCGUAUUCCAUUCCUCUCAUCAUGUUACAGCUAGUGACAUGGAAUAUUGAUGGUUUUGGCCCAUUCGAACAAUUCCGCGCGAAUACUGAGCUUUGGGAUUUGAUGCUACGCGCACAAACGGAAAUUCUGACCCUUCCACGGUUUGGUUGGACAGGCUGGCUUCUAUCCUUUGUGGUAGGAGGCUGGGCCGCCAUCCAGAUGCAUGCGCCUGUCGAGGUGAACGCCAGACCACUCGAUUAUCCCAAGUUCAACGCGUUCCACCAUGGCGGAAAGGUUGCAAAACAAGACCGCAGGAUGCUAGAAGAUGUAUUGAGUGAAGGAGAGAAGUCUGGAAGGAAAAUGCCAGCGUUGAAGGAGAUAAUCAAAAAGGCGUCUGAGCUUAGUUAGUGGUGUGCGAGUAAGGAGUUCUUAUUAUACAAUCUUGACCCGAAUGUUCGAAUCUUAUUAAUUAGUCGCCAAAAGCUCGUUUGCGUAGCGCGUUCGUGCCUCCUGG